GUCAGCAGCGUCUUAUCGCUGCAGGUGAGACGCGCCACUGAGGAGCGGCUCAGAUGGUUUCCUGUCGGUCUGAGCAGAACCCCGCACUGAGCUUCCAGCUGCCUGAGAUGUUCUGGUUCUGUUGGACCUUCUCCGCGCUGCUGCUUUGCGGCGCGCGGCGCGUCGCGGCGGAGGAAUGCGGCGCAGCUUUCCGCUCCGGACGCGAAAACUUUGUGCUGGACCUGAAGGACGCGGUGGGGGAUGGGGCGGCUCUGCUGGACACGCGGGCCGUGUCCGUGGAUGAGGACUGCCAGGACCACUGCUGCACCGAUCCACGCUGCAACCUGGCGCUGCUGAAGCCGCGUGACGAGAACGCGACAGAAAACACGCGCACUUGCGUACUGAUUGACUGUGUCCACAAAAACCGCUUCGUCUGUCGGUUUGUGAACCAGGCUGGAUACCAGAGCUACAUCAGAGAGAGCAUGUUCCAGAGAUACCUGCAGGCACCAGGUGAGCAGCCUCCGCCCAUCGCUAACGCAGGCCGCGAUGUUGUUGUCCAGCCUGGAGAGACGGUGACGCUGAACGGCACAGAGAGCGUGGCGCUGGGGAACGCCAAGAUCGCCACCUACCGCUGGAGUUUGCAGAGUGGAGACCGCAGUCUGAAGAUGGAGAACACGGACCUUCUGGACCAGCAGCGGCUCUCCAACCUCCAGCCGGGAUCCUACGUCCUGAAGUUGACCGUCACCGACUCCAACGGCCGGUCAGGCGAAGAUGAGGUCAGCGUCCUGGUCCUCAGCUCGGAGCUGUCCAGCUCGUACUGUCUGGCGCCGGUGAAGGUGGGGCCUUGCCGCGCGGCGUUUCCCCGAUGGCGUUACAAAGUCGAGACGGGCAGCUGUGAGAAGUUCACCUUUGGAGGCUGCAAACCCAACAACAACAACUUCCUGUCAGAGUGGGAGUGUUUGCUGGCCUGCAGAGGAGUCACAGUGUCAUCAGAAAGGAGCGUCACUCUACCCACCACCACGGAGUGCAGCCCGGUGUGCCGCCCUGAUCAGCUGACCUGUGAUGAACGCUGCUGUUUGGACUGGACUCUGGAGUGUGAUGGCGUGAAACAGUGCAGCGACGGCACCGAUGAAAACUCCUGCAGUGAACUGAGUCAGACCUUCAGCCGCCUGCUGAGCAUCAAUGUCAGUGAGAAGCAAGCCCGAUGUGUGGAGCCUCCUCGCACCGGUCCGUGCCGGGCCAGUUUCACCCGCUGGUACUACGACCCUACAGACAGGAAGUGCCAGAGCUUCACGUUCGGAGGCUGCGACGGAAACGACAACAACUUCGAGGAAGAGUCGAAGUGCAGCGAGACCUGCAAAGGAGUGACAGAACAGAACCUGUUUUCCAAGGGAAUGUUUGAACGUUUGGGAACAGAUGAAGAUGUUGGGGAAUCGGGCUCUGUGGCGUUGGCCGUGGUUCUGGCGGUAGCCAUCUUGGCUCUGUUGGCCAUCCUGGGGUACUGCUUUUUUCGUCGGCGCAGAAAUCCCUCUAGCAGGCCCCCUGGACCCCCCCAUGUGGAGCUCUCUCAGGAAGACUCACUCGUCUACAACAGCACCACUAAACCAGCGUGAUGUCAUCACCUGUUUUCACCAUGGCAACCCUGCAGAUGUCUGUCUGAUUUUAUUCUUCUUUGACUUAAACAUUUUUUUUUUCUGGUUUAUGUUUCUGCUAUUUCCCAGUUUAUUUAUAACGUCUCUCAGUCCGGCCUGAGCCGCCUAGCCCGGCCUGGGCGCCCUAGCUCUGUCUAAGCGCCCUAGCUCUGUCUGAGCGCCCUAGCUCUGUCUGAGCGCCCUAGCCCGGCCUGGGCGCCCUAGCCCGGCCUGGGCGCCAUAGCUCUGUCUAAGCAGC